AUGACCUCGCAUGAUUACAUCCAGCCAGUAAGAAGAAUACUCACAGAAGAAGACCUCACGAGGUGGCAGUCCUCUGAAAGCUACAACGGACUGGUGGCGUUCAUCGUCAGAUUGGCAGACUCUGUGAAAGGCAAAGAGCUGGGGACCGAGUGUGAGCUGACGCCAUCGGUGAAGGAUAUAUUAAAAGUACUUGAUUCGAUACAGACGAUAAUAGGACGUCAUCCAGUGGUUACGGAUAAGGAUAUAUCCCGGUUUGGAAAGGUUGAGUUUCGGGACUUCUACGAUGAGGUUUCCAGCAGUGCUGACAAGUUGAUCUCACUAAUAGACAAGACAUCUGAGCUUCCAGGAGUCUCAAAAGAACUAAAAGUAUACCUGGUGGAAUCGUGGGGAAACAGAACGAGAAUAGAUUAUGGGUCUGGCCAUGAACUAAAUUUUAUGUGUUUCCUGUACUGCCUGUAUAAGGUAGGCAUACUGGAUCUGGAGUCGGACUCUGAGGCGCUGGUAUUAGUUGUUUUCAAAAAAUAUCUGGACAACAUGCGAAUCUUGCAGACAAAAUACUGGCUGGAGCCUGCGGGAUCCCACGGGGUGUGGGGCUUGGACGAUUACCAUUUCCUGCCGUUUUUGUUUGGAGCGGCCCAAUUGGCUCCCAUGGAGAGAAUGAGGCCCUCCUCUAUUCACAUCCCCGAUUACGUGGAUAUGUUCAAGGACAAGUUUUUCUAUUUUGCCUGUAUCGACUUUAUCAACCAGACAAAGACCGGAGCGCAAAGUUUGCGGUGGCAUUCUCCGAUGCUGGAUGACAUUUCAGGUGUCAAGAAAUGGAGCAAGGUGGCAGAGGGUAUGAUCAAGAUGUACAAAGCUGAGGUGCUGGGUAAACUACCGAUCAUCCAGCAUGUCUUUUUUGGAAGCAUCAUAGCUGCCCCAGAAGGCGUUUCUGCUACCAGGGAUCUGAGUGGUAUCGAUGAAGAACAUGGUCAUAUCCACAUAGACCACGAUCCAGACUCGAACCUUCACCUAAACACUUUUGGUGAUUGUUGUGGUAUCAAGGUGCCCAGUGCGGUGGCAGCCAGUGCAAUGGAGAAGAAACAUUUCCGGCCCGUUCCUUUUGACUAA